CUUCUCCUCUUGUUCUAUUUUUUUUUUCCGAUUCGAGCAAAACAAUUUUCACAAACGAAGUUUUUUUUUCUUUCCCCCAUCACUCUCGCACUUCUCCACCUUGAACUCUCUCUUGCUCGAUUCCGGUGAUUCUCAUUCGCUUUUACUGCUUUUUUUAAGGGUUCACGAUCUGAGGGUUUUUGAUUUACUCUUAUUGGAGUUGUCAAUUUGAAAAAAUGUCGCAAUCAGCUGUAGAUGUGCCGCCAAAAGGUGGGUUCAGCUUCGAUCUGUGUAAGAGAAAUGAUAUGCUUACACAAAAGGGUCUUAAAGCUCCUUCUUUUUUGAAGACUGGUACUACCAUCGUUGGUUUGAUUUUCAAGUUUCAGCUAUCAAGGUCAUGUCUCUGCUGCGCUUGUGCUUGGUGGAGUUGAUAUCACUGGGCCUCAUCUGCAUACUAUAUACCCACACGGUUCAACUGACACUCUUCCAUUCGCUACAAUGGGUUCUGGUUCUCUUGCUGCUAUGUCUGUGUUUGAGGCAAAGUACAAAGAAGGCCUAACUAGGGAUGAGGGAAUUAAGUUGGUCGCUGAAGCCAUAUGCUCGGGUAUAUUCAAUGACUUGGGUAGUGGUAGCAACGUGGACAUCUGCGUGAUUACAAAGGGGAACAAGGAAUAUCUGAGGAAUUACAUGGAACCAAACCCAAGAACGUAUGUCAGCAGCAAAGGUUAUUCCUUCACCAAGAAAACCGAGGUUCUUCUCACCAAAAUCACCCCAUUGUUGGAGCGAGUGGAGAUUACAGAAGUGGGUGAAGCCAUGGAGGAAUGAAUAAAUCAUUCUCAAAACCUUUGCAUUGAUCUACACCAAGGCUCUUUGUACUCUCAUGUUAUCAUCUUCCCCAUGUUUAAGGAUCAUUCGAUACUUCUUGGUCUAUGUUCAUCUUAGAUUUUUCUAUAGAGAGAGAGAGAUUUCUUUCUUUCGAAUCGUAUAAAAAAAACUUGGGUUUCUGCAUUUUUCUACUUGUACUCGGUGCUUUCUCACUUUUGUCUUCUUGAAAAACCACCAAAACAAA